UACAGUAAACCUUCAAGUCAAAUGAAUAGUUUUUUAUUGUCUUUUUGACUAUAUAGAGGUGAUAGAGUACAUAGUGAAAUAAAAUAAGUUCUUCCAGGAACCUGGAGCUACAUAAAGACACUGGGCAACAUAAGACAACACAGAACUAAGGGCUAAAAACUAGUUAAAACGGGUUUAAAAACAAGAAUAGCACCAUUUUGGAUCCGGAGCCGUCUCUGAGUGCUAGUGCAGCACCACCAUCUUGGACCAAAGACUUCAAGGACAGUAAAGCCUGGAGAAACAUCAGCUUCUUCUGACUACGACACUAAAAUUUAAAGCUCUCCCCGUCAUGAUGAAACAGGAUGAGAUAAAAUCACACACAAUGCAGGAGCUGCGCGAGAGGCUCCAGCCGGAGGUGGCCGAGCUGAUCAAGCAGCAGAGGCUGAACCGGAUGUGCGAGGGCGCCUGCUUCAGGAAGGUCAGCGCGCGGCGCAGACAAGAUAAGUUUUUGUAUUGUCGUCUGUCUCCGAAUCACAAAGUACUACAUUAUGGGGAUGUAGAGGAUUUGUCACAGGGACAAAUCCCCCAUGAAUCUCUCCAAGAGAAACUAACAGUAGCAGACAUCAAGACAGUGGUAACUGGGAAAGAUUGUCCUCAUGUGAAGGAGAAAGGAGCGCUAAAGCAAAAUAAGGAGGUCCCUGAGCUUGCUUUCUCCAUUUUAUAUGAAUCUGAUGAAUAUUUGAACUUCAUUGCACCAGACAAGUAUGAGUACUGCAUCUGGACAGAUGGCUUGAAUGCUCUAUUGGGAAAAGAGAUGACAAGCGAACUCACCAAGUCAGAUAUGGACACACUGGUUACCAUGGAGAUAAAACUCCGGCUCUUAGACCUCGAGAAUGUCCAGAUCCCUGAAGUUCCGCCCCCUAUACCCAAAGAACCCAAAGAUUAUGACUUUGUUUAUGAUUACAGCCAACAACACACUUAAGACACAGCAGCACAUGUUAAACUGUAAUAUAUUUACUCUUUACUGUCACCGAUUCACAAGCCUUCUCAUACGGACUCUCCUGCUUUCUGAUGCUUGUAAUACUGAAUCAUCAGUUUCCUCCAUCUUAAGGAAGGAGUAAUGUUUGUUAGAUCAGUCCACUAGGGUUAACAAAUCUAACAAAUUAAACUAUUGACUUCAGGGACCUCCCAGAUAUAGCUAUUUCUAAAUAGAAACAUAGCAAUAAAUACCUAAUAUUUCAAGAAUACAGCAUUUGUUUUUAUUAUCCAAUUGUUUUUUACUAAGUCCAAUUAAAUAUACCAGCUAAAGAUGGAGUUACUUUAUUCUUCAGUGUUGUUAAGCUGAUAUUAUAUUGUUUGAAGGAAAAAAAAACAAUCCAUGUAAAUGUAAGAAGAGAUCUGCCACCAAGUUUAAGCGUGUUUGUCUGAAAAGUCCACUCUAUACUACAAACUCCUUGAAUUUUGUGCUGUGGUUACUUGUGUGAAAUAUAUAUGUUAUGUUUGGAAUCAGGACACAAGGACAUAUUGUGUGUGUUAAAGUCAUAUUGUACUGCAGGGUCUGACAUAAUCAUGCCAAUACCAUUUCUUUGCAUAGUAAGAGGUACUAAUUUUGUCACCCACUUCCAAAACAUCAGC